UAGGGCAUGUGUAUGAACAUCUUUAAAAAAACACAUUUUUAUUGCCAAUCAGCAUAAAUAAUGUAUAUUCCAUGUGAGUGUAAAAAGCGCCCUCAAGCUGUUAAACUCCGCCCACUUCUGCACUGACAGCUGAAGUGCAGCAGAACUUCACUUUCUGCAGCUAUUUUAGUGUUUGCUUCAUUGUCCUGUUCUCAGUGAAGCUUAUUUGGUGUCGAUCAACUUGUGGAGGAUUUUUAUUUGUUUUUUGGUCUUUUGGAUAUGAGCGAGCGUGCAUAUCCUGGGUACGGUGGACUGAACUAUUCCUGCUCAGUUUGAUGGAGAAACAGUUCUUGCAUGCUCGCCAUGGCUUAUUACCCUUUCCAAGCUCAACGAGGAGCAGGUGCCUUGCCCUUGCCUGCCUUACUGGCAGCCGCACAGCCUUCCUUCCACCCCGCGCUUUGUGUCCCGGAUGCGGCGUCCCGCUCGGCGGCUGAGCGGCAGCCGGCGGGCUCCGAGGCGGGGCUGCACGCUGCCCUGAGCCGGCAGCACCACCAGGGCACCCCGCUGCGCACCUUCAAGAACCUGCAGCUUGUGGAUGGGCUGAGUGACGACCCGAAAGUUACUCUAGAAUCCAAGGAUUUAUGGAACCAGUUUCACAAAAUGGGAACGGAGAUGGUUAUUACUAAAUCAGGAAGGAGGAUGUUCCCCGCUUUCAAAGUAAAGGUUGAUGGCCUUGACAAAACAUCUAAAUAUAUCCUGCUGAUGGACAUCGUCUCUGUUGAUGACUUCCGUUACAAGUUUCACAACUCCCGCUGGAUAGUAGCUGGAAAAGCAGACCCGGAGAUGCCAAAGCGCAUGUACAUUCAUCCUGACAGUCCAUCCAAGGGAGAGCAAUGGAUGAGCAAGCCCGUUGCAUUCCAUAAACUCAAACUCACCAACAAUAUAUCGGAUAAGCACGGAUUUACAAUUUUGAAUUCAAUGCAUAAAUACCAGCCCAGGUUCCAUAUUGUGAGAGCCAACGACAUCAUGAAACUUCCAUACAGCACCUUCCUGACUUACGUUUUCCCAGAGACUGAGUUUAUUGCUGUCACUGCUUACCAAAACGAGAAGAUCACGCAGCUAAAAAUUGACAACAACCCUUUUGCCAAAGGAUUCAGGGACACAGGCAAUGGAAGACGAGAAAAAAGGAACAAUCCUCUAAACAUAUCCCCACUGCAUGAGAACAAAGCAGACUGUGCUGAUUCGGACGACUCUUGGGACCAGCCCAGUACCAGCGACGCGUUUUAUUCUCCUCAGCAAUCUUGGGCUGUGACAUCCAUACCAAACUGUCAAGAUGAUAACACAGGAAGCGAUUCAGAUAUCGAUCUGCAAGGUGAGGAUAUCGGUGAAGCCGGUGGCUCUUGGGUCGAAUCCUCGUCUCCGCUGAGUAUUAAGAGGGACGUGAAGGAUCCGCCAACGUCUGCUGAGAAUUUCUUGGCGGAGCUAAAUCCUUCACAAGGCUACAGGAGUAAAAUCAAAGAUGGCCUGAAACAACUGCCUCUUCUCUCAAUGGAAACACAAAGCUCAUCAUCACAGAGUACAGGACAUCUACAGACUGAGGUGCUCUCAAACAGCCAUCUUGGGCCACCUUUGCUGUUUCACCCAGGACAGUUGUCUCUGAAGACAGGGGCUUUUCACCCUUUGGGACAUCUGUUUUCCUCUUUCUCAGGAUUAAACGAGCCAGAACACAGAGGGGUAUCUCAAAGCCUCGCAUCUCCAUCGCCAUUCAUGUUUCACCUAGCUCAGGGAAUUUCACUCCCACCCUUUGGAGGGUUGCUGUCAUACCCAUGGAGCUACAUGGCAUCAUCACCAGCUGCAAUGACCGCAACACUCCCGACUGGUUCCACAACCUCAUCGUUUUUAAGAAACCGCUCUUUUCACAACACACUUCCGUGGUUGCGGUUCAGCCCUUAUCAGAUACCAGCCGCUGCCGGAUCGAGCCAAAAACCCCCGCCAGCGAGUUCUACCUCGACUAAAUCCGAACGGUCCAAACCGUACAGCCGAGAGUCCAGUCCAGUGUCAGACAGUCACAACCAUAACAAGGCUGGAAACCAGCAGACUGCUCCACUUGAUAUCAAAGCUUCCUCUUAGGAACUCCAAAACAUACACAAAGCUGUACUUGAUAAAUUAAUUUCACCACUGCUAUGAACAUUUAUUAAUGUUCAUCCGUAUGUGUUGCAUAUUCCACUGACAACCACAACAUACCGCAUAUUAUGUCAGAAGGUCAGUUCAACGUAAAAAGCACUGUGCAUAACAAACACGCCAGUCUAUUCAUAAAUACAUUUACUUGUGUUUCAUUUACAUGCCUGCUGCCUUGACUUUAAAGCAUCUGUAGGAUUGUCUUGCCCACACUGAAAAGCAUCCUUGAGGUUAAAGUCAAGGUAUCUGAGGUAAAAGGUUAAUUCAGUCCAUCUUCCUUUUUACUACUCACAUACUGGUAUGUACAAUAGCAGCCUCCUUCAGCUUUAUUUACUAUUGUAUUGAUCCAUAUAAGUAUUUUUUUCCCUCAAGUCUUAAAACCAUGGGUCGUCUUAUAUUUGGGGGUCUAGAGAUGUAUACAGUAGUACCUCAACUUAAGAGCUUAAUUCGUUUUGUGACAGGGCUCUUAACUCAAAACACUUGUAUCCAAAAUCCACCUAUUCUAUUAAAAUUAAUUUGAAUUAUUUUCCUUUAUAAAUUAAUGUAAUAAUAAUAUACAGCAUUUAGAAUCAGAAUCAGAAUCAGAAUCAGAAUCAGAAUAGUUUUAUUUACCUUGGAGUGUGGACUUUUACGUUAUUUCCUUCCAGUCAAACACACCAUCAGCAGGUUUCAAUAAUUUAUUGCAUAAAUGUCUGCCGGUCAGAUAUUAUUUAACAUUCUUGGCUGGUGUUAGACUCAAUCUGCUUCAGUAUGUCGCAGACUAGCAAUGAUACGCUUAAAUUGUUUCACCAAGUUGGCAAAACUGUGUCUUAUUUAUUUGAAUAUGAUCCACUUUUCAACUCUGUCCUUCACUCUCACUUUCUUAUUUCCUGUGGUUAGAAAGAAAAACAACUUAGGUCUAUCCUCACAUUUUACAGAUUUGUGACAUUUGCUACACCAACUCAUAGCAGGGAUGCUAAUUAAAAAAAAAGUUUUUAAACUAAAGCAUAAUAAAUAGCAGAGAGACAGCUUUUAAGUUGAGGUAUCACUGUAUGAACAGUUAUUUAAAAACAAAAUAGAAGUUAUCGAAUAUUCAGGGCAAGUCGGUAUUUGUUUUAAUAUCUGACAAGGAUCAGCAGCCAAUGUUUUUUUGUUCUUUUCAGGCUUCAAUUAUUUUAAACCUCCUGUCUAAAAUGUUGGAAGUAAAGCAUAGUUCAAACUUCUAUUUGUAUGUUACAGUUUUCAAAUAGUAAUUUCAAAGUCAAAUGACCUAUCUUAGAUUUCAUUUAUCGACUUUGUUCAAACCUCCAGGUAGUUUUUCUUUACUCAAAAACCUGGCUGAGGGUGGAUUUAAUGAUACCUGGAGAAAAGUUCACUUGUUUCUAUUUCUAAUUGAUGUAAUUUCCAUUUGCGACGACUAUUCACAUCAUCUUGUGUGACAGUAAUAUUGCUAUUUAGUCCUGCCAAUUAAAUGUCGAUUUAAUGUGUCAUGCUCACAAGAUGCAGGUUUUCCUAAUAUGUUGUACAAUCAUGUAAAUAUGAUCUGUUCUUUAAUUUCACAUAUUGUUAUGACAAACACUUCAAGCGGCCAUUGCUAAAACUGCCAAAGAAUUGUAAGAACACUUGUACACAUUGUUUUACUGUAGCCAAGCAGCACUGUGCACUCAAAGGCAAAACUCAGGAUACUUUUUGUGAGUUUGUGUGUUUCACUAAUAAAAAGAA